AUGGAGCUGCUCUUUGAUGAUCAGAGAGAUUCUGGUCACCUGCCUCCUGCGCGGAGCAGAGGCCCUGCUCUUCGGGGAUUUACGGCGCGCGUCCGCCCCAGCUCAAGCUCAAGUCUGCGCUUCCAGGUUCAGUUUCAGGGUUUAGCCGGCAGCCCUAGCCGGCGGGCGUGGAGCGGGCAGCCGUGCCCGGACCCCGGGGUCCUCUGGGGGCCCCGGAGUUGGGAGGCGGCGUCCGGGAGCCCCCGGAGGAGGAUGGGCUGCGGACGCAGCAGACUGAGCUGCUGCAAAGCCCGCAAAAAGAGGCACCAAGAACCAGAUCAGCCACCCAAACCAGAACCACAAGAAUUGGGUCCCCUUAAUAAGGACACAGAAACUGCUGUCCAGCUGUGUGCAUCUGAGGACACCGAGCAGCAACAGGAGGAUAUAACCAGAAUUCUCCAGCAACAUGAAGAGGAAAAGAAGAAAUGGGCAGAACAAGUGGAGAAGGAGAGGGCACUAGAGCUUCAGGAGAGGCUGGAAGAGCAGCGAAGAGUCCUGGAAAGAAAACACCAGGAGGCCUUGCAAGUCAUCCAGGCCUCAUUUGAACAAGAGAAAGAAGCCCUUACCCACUCCUUCCAGGAGGCCAAAGCUACCCUUCAGGAGACCAUAGCAGGACUGACCUCACAGCUGGAGGCCUUUCAGGCCAAGAUGAAGAAGGUAGAGGAGUCCAUUCUGAGCCGAGACUAUAAGAAACACAUCCAGGAUUAUGGGAGUCUCAGCCAGUUCUGGGAGCAGGAGCUGGAGAGCUUGCACUUUGUCAUCGAGAUGAAGACUGAGCGGAUUCAUGAGCUAGACAAGAGGCUGAUCCUCAUGGAAACAGUGAAAGAAAAAAAUCUGAUGUUGGAGGAAAAAAUCUCAACCCUGCAACAGGAGUAUGAGGACCUCCAAGUCCGAGCCCGGAACCAGGUGGUUGUGUCAAGGCAGCUUUCGGAAGACCUGCUUCUGACCCGGGAAGCUCUGGAGAAGGAGUCACAGGUGCGGCGACAGCUGCAGCAGGAGAAGGAGGAGCUGCUGUACCGAGUCUUUGGUGCCGAUGCCUCUUCCACCUUUGCACUGGCCUCUGUUACCCCCACAGAGGUCUCCUUCCUUGCCACAUAAGGGGCAGAGCCUGGGCCCACCAUGAUGCCUACGGUCAUAGCUUCCACCAAAGACUUUCUGGAGAAGACAACAAGAGCCUAUGAGUUCUUUGUCCAGGAAGCAAGAAGGUUGGGAGUGAGCUGGGGAGCCUGGGUCUAUGCCCAGUGAGCCCCGGGGGGCUUGGGUCACCAAGAUCACCCAUGGGGCUCUGGAGGCCCCGAGUAGUGCCUCUCGUUGAGUUGGCCCAGGGAACAAGCAAGAGGAGGCCUUUCCUCCCUCUGCCUUCUAUCUGUCUAUAUCAGGAAAGUUCUGAGGCUUUUCCCAGGGCAGCCUGUGCCACUUUGGCCAUCUGACAGAGGAGACCACCCCUGGCCCCAGCUCGUCAGCUUUGCUGCCAACUCACUGACUUGCCAUCUUCACCAGGUGUUCCACUUCUGCCCUGGCCUCCUCCAAGCCUCAGUUUACCCCUGCUCUAAGAUGGCUGCAGUCACUGUCCAAUGACUCGAGUCACUUAAUGUCCAAUUCUAGGAUUGUCUGAAAGGCAGACUGUGAAUCAGACUGGGAAAGGUGAGUGACUGGAAGCGAGUCAGACCUGGGGCAAUGGCCAGAGCUCCUCUGCCUCUGGCAAGUGUGGCUCAUCCCCCAGCCCUCCGGGUCCUCCAGUCUCAGUGCCACGGGAGCCCAGGGGCCAUUUUACUGGGUCUGAGGACCCUCAACAGGCAGAGCUACAACCUCAUCCCUCUACAGAUGAGGAAGCCAGAAGGGGAGCAGACCGCACAGUCAGGACGGGGACCUCACCUGUCUGUCAUCUGGUCUUUCCCUGUUGCUUUUUUCUGCUCCUGUCCUCUGGGAAAAUCAGAUCCAUGACAGCCUUUCUCCUCUACCUCCCCCACACUUCCAGUCUCUUUCACUCCUUCUGCCACCCCUGAUCCCAAGUCCCGGGCUCCCACGUGGCCCCCUACUUCUCUAUCAGUAAAAGGGUUGGCCAGAGUGACUGACCUCAGCAGGAUGGUCCAGCCCGACGGCGUGUGGAUUUUCACUUUUCUCAGGAAGCUUCAGGUCAGCUAGAGACUAAUAAUAACCCCCGCACCGAGCGUGUUCAUCAAAGUGCUUCCUCACACCCCUCCCUUGCCUGGUCUUCACAAGAUCCUUGAAGCAGGUUCUUCUCCCUCCUUAGCAGCAGAGCAAACAGAACACAAGAGCCACAGGAUCUUGUCUGAGGCCCCCAGCUCCAGCCACAGACCCUGACCCAGAUGGUAGGAAAAGUCAGUCCACAUUUUCCAUCAGAUGUUCUGUGCUGACACCUACCACCUCUUUCGUUCCCCUGGAUACAAUCUCCAUCCAGUUCUAUUCUAAAAAAUUCAGAUGCGACUGGGUUUCUCCCUUUCCCUUGCUGAGUGGGGGACACAGAGGGCUCAGGGAGCUGUUUUCCCAGCCUUGGCCAAUCAGGUUCUCUAGGGGCCCUGAGGCCAGCUCUGGAAUGACAUGCACGUGGAAUUUUUCACGCAACUUUUUUCAUAGCAUGUCCAUGAUAUGCUAGUCUAUGGGACAUUAAGAGGCAUGACUGAAAAAGAUUCCACGGUGCAGAAUCUUGGGAAACUCUAGGUUCAAUCGAGUUAAACAAAUCUGCACCCUGCAGUACUCUCAAGGACUCUAACAUGCUAGUGCACUGCAAUUCUCCAAGCAGGGGGCCAGGUCCCCAGUAUCUUCCAAACUUCUUUGACAGAGCUUCUACCCUCCACCGCCACCCCUACCCCGUGAAAGCACUUGAGGCUGCAGAAUGCACUUUAGAAAGCAUCCUUUGAAUCAAGAGGGGCAGGGCUGAGCCAGGGGCACAGGGCCUUCUUCAUGUACCCGAUGCUGGGUGUGAAUAGAUCACCUCUGGUCAUACCUUUACCCUGGGCCAGACAAGCUUUGGAAACUAAAACAACAUGCAAUAACUUAUUUAUUGGGUCUCUGUGUUUUCCUGGGAGAGGAGGGAGGUAAAUUCUCUGCCAAUGGCAGGGAUCUUGGAAGAAUAAAUUCCUGGGCCUAGAUGACCCACCAGUGGUUCUGGGAUCCCCCCUCACCUACUUACUUGAGCCCCACUGGUCCAGCCUUUUCACCACAGAUGGGACCUGGCAUCAGGGUGAAAGAUGACCUUCAAAACAGGUCAGUACAUGGAGUAAUGCUGCUGCGGAGGCGAGGGUGAUAGCAGGGAUGGAGUGGGAGAGGGCAGGGAGUGAAUAAGAAGGUGUUUUCUGCUCUGUGGGGAGUUCCUCCUUAAGAAGACAAAUCCUGAGAUUCCCGCAGGUCCCUCUCCCCAUUUCUGUCCAUUACUCUACACCCAAAAGCCUUUAGUCAUGGAGGAAGCUAAGAAGGGGUAUGGGAGACUUGAAAGCUUUGGGUCACUCUGACAUGAUUGGUGGCAGAACCUGUGCCCUGAAGGUUGGUGGCCUGGGAGAUAUAGAUCCCCAGUCUGGGUCUCACACAUAGAAGGUGCUCACUGCCUCCUGCUGUGUCACCUUGGACCACUCACUGACAUAGGGGGUCAGCUCAGCUGCAGGGGACAAAAAGUGAUUGUUCAUUAGCUGACUCAGGCACCAAGCAGGUAAGAGGCACUAUGCAUCCUUUCAGAGAAAGGGGAAGAGAGUGCCCAAAACCACACUUGAUGACACAUGGUAUCAGACCACCUAAAAGGCAGGUUCUCUGGGAAAACCUUGAAGUUUCUCAGGUUCCUAGAGAGGAGCUGGGGUCCCCUUUCCUACUCAAGAAGUGUCCCAGGCAGGCACAGUGAUGCACAUCUGUGAUCCCAGCAAUUCGGGAAGGCUGAGGCAGGAAGAUGACAACUUCAAGACCAGUCUCAGCAACUUUUUGAGGCCUUAAAUGACUUAGCAAGACCUGACUCAAACUGAAAAAAGGGCUCAGUAUAUAACUCAGUGAUAAAUCACCCUUGGGUUCAAUCCCCAAAACCAAAAAAAAAAAAAAAAAGGAAGAGAGAAAAGAAUGUCCAAAGGUAACAAGGAUAACAGCAUUUCCUGGUGGGGAUUCCGGGAUCCUCUGGUUCUAUAGGGCUGUUGUUGAGUGCUACCUCCCCAAGAAGGGCAAAGUGCAGAUUUCAUCAUCAGGGUAACACUGAGUCAAACAAAGGGAAAUUAGAAACAGACCACUGAAUCCACCGUGUGCAUGUUUUGACUCUCCAGCGUAGGUGAUGCUUAGUAGAAGCAGUGUUUCCUUGAACAAGUUCUUAGGGGCAGGGUGGGAGAGAAUUUUGUGGCAUGUUACCACUCCGAGGAACAUGCUUUGGGGAAAUGCUGGUUUAGCAAAGCCAUGUGGCUCCAGACCACCUCUUCCUUUUUCUUUCACAGGUCUCAGUUCCCUCCUCUGACAAAUUUCCCACCUUUUAUACCUUGUAAGGCCGUGAGGAUUCCUCUUAUGACAUCUUAAUUGGGACCAACCUUUGGCCUGGCACUGUAGGGAGCACAUGGUUCAGACCACUAAAGAUGGGAGUAAGGUGCUGCUGGAGCACUUUAAGUUAAGCGGGAACCACACACCUGAGCUGGGUUCCAUGGCCUUCCUUUCAGGGCUGCUGAAAAUGGUGAUCGUAUGGAAAAGUCACAGCUUACAGACACCUUAUUUCCCCAUCCUGUACUUGGUGUGUGCUCAUACUGGGUUCCAAAUCCAGGGCCUUGUGCAUGCCAGGCGGGUGCUCUACCACUGGGCUACACCCCCAGUUCUACUCUUAAGUGGUCUCUGGCUGGGUGACAGUCCCUCACAGGCUCUUCUGUCCCACUCUUUCCAUUUUGACCUACACAAGGUCAGCUCACUGCUCAAGAUCGUUGAUGGCUCCUCAGAGUCUGGAGAAUGAUUCUUGGUCCCUAAGCUUGGCCUACGCUGCUCCCCUGCAUUCUCAGACCACAAUAGUGGGAGAGGCAGAUCUCUGUGUUGUAUGGGGGACAUGCUCACCCUUGCCUUGCUCUUGUUGCCAUGGGCCAGGAAGACCUUCUGCCCACCUAAAUCCAUACUUCAUAAUUCCUGUGAAAUUCCAGCUCUCCCAGGAAGCUUUUUAAGAAUUCUUAAGUCCUUGGUGUUGGUAGCAUACUAUUUGGCACAGUUGUACUACAGAUGUUUGAAGUUGACAGAGGUAAAUUCUUUGAGAGGGAAGUGUGUCACCACCACCCACUCUAACACCACCUCAGAGCUCUGGGUCACAACGGAUGCCCAGGAAACUGCCAUUGGGAUGUUUAGCCCAUCUCCCUAUCACACACAGCCACAGGGCUGAGCACUUGCUCAAGCCUCAUCUUCCUGUGGUUGGGACCAGUCUGGUCAUGCCCUUGAAGAUGACUCCCUACCACUCCAUCCUAGGUAAACCCAAUCACAUUGCUCUGCUUUGUUGUCACCGUUGCUCUUGGCACUCCCCACGUGACUGAAUGUGUCUGUCUCCCAGCUUUGACUAUGAGCUUCCAGGUAGCAGAAGCAUGUCUCUUUGACUCAUCAUUAUAGUUUCAGUACCCAGUACAAUGUUUGGCAUGUGGUGAAUGCUUAGUAAUUAUUGCAUAAAUUAACAAAGAAAUUAUACAUUCUUUGGCAGUGAACUGAAAGGUAGCUCUAUUUGACAAAUGAGGGAACUGAAGCCCAGAUAAAGGAAGUGACUUGCCCUCAUGUCACUCAAGGAAGCAGUGUCAGAGGUGGAGCUAGAAUCCAAGUUCAUCAAUUCCCAACGGUGCUUCCAUUCUGCAAUGAUCACUCUUGGCCUUCAUCCCAAUCCCUCAAUCCCACCCUUCUGCCGGUACACACUUCCAUGGUAGAGCCAGGGAUGCUCUACCACGGAGCUACACCCUCUUCUUGUCAUGGAUAUUCCCAGUGAAAAUCCACAGCAAUCUCUGGUUCACCUAGAACCAUGCAGGUCACAUUGAAGUUCUUUCCUGGUUGGACUGAUGUUGCUGAAGCUUGGAGGUGGGUUGGGGGGAGGAAGAUGGAGCCACCAUGGAUAAGAGGGGAGAAAUGAUGGGAACAAGCAUGGUAACAGGUUAUUUUAAUGACUGAACUGAUGGCAGGUAAAUGGAUGGAGAGAUGGACAAAUUGAAUGAAUGGAUAGUAUAGUUAAAUUGAAUUAAAUGAAUGGACGGAGACAUUAAAUUUGUGAAUGGUUGAGAUGGCUGAAUUGGCAAAGGAUGUAUGAAUUGAUAUAAAGAAUUAAUGGAGUAUAUAUGGAUGAUGGAAUGACUGACCAAUGGAGGAUAAAUGGAUGAUUUGAGAGAGGAUGGAGGAAUGGAACAGUUUGACUUGAUUGAGAAUAGAUGAUGGAUGGUCUGAACUAAUGCAUCCUGGAUUGUUACAUGGGGCAAUAAGGUAGGUGGUCUGGACAAAAUGGUUAACCACAUGGAGUGUUAUUAAAAGUUAUUGGAUUGUUUAGAGCACCAUAAUUCACACACUCUGGACCUGAGGUUCCCAAAGGAGGUAUCUCUUCCCCUAUCCCUACCUUCCCUGCCCACUCAGGGCCCUAAGUCCAUGCACAGUUGAUGUAGAUCAGCAUGUACUUGGUAGAUAUUUGUUUCAUGCCACCUAGGCUGGUCAAGCAGAAGAGGGAGCCAGGGAAGCUCGGGUCAGUGGAUGGUGAAUCCCUUCUUCACAGCAAAGGAGAUGUCUGUUCUAUCCACUGGGACCUCUUCAGGAGGGAUCUCCCUUUGCAGUCACCUGGGCCAGGGGGUUAGUCGCCUGGUAAGGAAGCAGGGCUGGCUGAUGGGUGUGCAGUUCACCACCUCAUAGUAGUCUUCUGUGAAGCUCCUCUGGGUCUAGGAAUGAGGGAGAGAGAAAAAUAAGCCUAGGAUGGAUUUGCACUACUACCACCCGGGAGCACAAAGUUGCUCGUGGGGCUUGGAAACCUCACUUUUUUUUUAAUUAAAUUUUUUUUUAUUUUUAUAGACCGCAUUUUGAUUCAUUGUACACA